UGGCACCUCACAACCCCCCCUUUCAGCAAAAACCAAAUCUCGGAUAAAGUAAUGGCAAAACCACUUGGACUAUAAAAGACAACAAAUCAUAUUCCUCCGGAGUAUAUACACCCCGUUGUCCACCCAAUGAGUUCCUAUUUUGUUAACUCAACUUUUCCCGUGUCUCUACCGGGAGGACAGGACUCUCUCCUGGGUCAGAUACCGUUAUAUUCCUCGGGAUACACCGAUCCGUUAAGACACUACUCCAACGCGGCCACAUAUGGAGCAGCCAACAUGCAGGAGAAGGUUUACCCGGCGUCCUACUACCAGCAGACGGGCGCGGCGGCCGCGGCGAUAUACGGCAGGGCCGCCGGCGGCGGAGCGCCCUGCGACUACAACCCGGUCGGGACUUUCUACAAGGACGCGGAGGGCUCGUGCGCCUUCUCGAGCCGCGACGAGCAGCCGCUGUUUGUCACUCAGGAGCAGCGCAAAGCGGCGGAGUGCCCCGAGCAGACUGUCAGCAUGAGCAGCAGCCUGGACGACAAGUCCUCCACCCUCAUCUACCCGUGGAUGCAGAGGAUGAACGCCUGCUCCGCCGGUCCAUUUGGCAACAGUGGCCGCAGGGGCCGACAGACCUACACCCGCUACCAGACUCUGGAGCUGGAGAAGGAGUUCCACUUUAACCGCUACCUGACCAGGAGGCGCCGGAUAGAGAUCUCCCACGCCCUGUGCCUGACGGAGAGACAGAUCAAAAUCUGGUUUCAGAACCGCAGGAUGAAGUGGAAAAAGGAGAACAAACUCCUCAACCCCUCAAAGACACCCGAGGAGGAGGAACAGGCGGAGAAGAAGAGCUAAAAAGGACACUGAGAGAAAGAAAGAAAAAGGCAUGUGUGUGUGUGUGUUUGUGUGCACACUCCCAAAAUAAAAAUGUAUUAUUUCUUUGUAGAUAAAGUGCUGCGAACCCAUGUUAGAGAGUGUAGAGGUAGAGUUUAUUUCAGUCUGUGCACGGUGAUAAUGUCAGGUCCUCUGUCUGUCCUUGUGCUCGUGUCUUUAAUUUUAGGGGACUAUGCAAAAUCCGCCAAAAUGUAAAUAAUUUUUUAGUGUUUUCUUUGUUUUAUUUUAGUUUCUGACAAUGUUGUUACCUCAUUAUCGUAUAGGCCUACUGAGUUUUAUUUUUAUUAUUAUUAUAAUUAUUGUGUCCUUCUGUCCAUCCUGUGGUGUUAGUUGUUCUAUACUAGUCUUGUUGUUUACAGCUGUGCCAUCUCCACAUUUGUACAGAUCAGAAAAUGUUACAUGUUAUUUAUUGUUGUUAUUGUGUUCAAUGCACAUGUGGAUAUUGUGUGCAAUAUUUUG